AUGUUCUUUUAUUCUUCUGCUCUUGUGGGCGCCGCACUGCUGCUCCAGCAAGUGCAGGGCCAUCAGAGCCACCCUAUAGCUAUCCCCGAUAUAUCCAAGGAUAGCAGCCCGGUUUCUAGAGACUUGCAGUCAUUUUCCCUUGAAUUUGCCUAUUUCCCUGACUUUGCCGGCAACAAAUCACACCCGAAUGAGUUUACUAAGGCCUUGCUGGACAACUUCGAGAAGAUUACCGGUGUCCUUCCCAAAGUCCGAGUGGGGGGAACUACCCAGGAUCAUUCCACUUACGUCUCCGACCAGAAAGAAAGCAUCCAUCUGAUCUACAAGGACCCCUCCGACGACCAACCAGAACGGGUUACUUAUGGCCCCGGCUUCUUCGAGUCGUAUCAUACUCUGGGUAAUAUUCAAUAUAUUCACGGUUUAAAUCUGAACGAGUCUGAUCCCACCCAUCUUGGGGCUGCGACUACCCAAGCCUGUAAAUCAAUUGGUUCCAAGUUGCAUCUCCUUGAACUGGGCAAUGAGUUCAAUCUGUCUCCGAUCAUGUACCGAUCUCCCAAUUACACAAUUGAGGAUUAUGUCCGUGAGUGGAAUGCCAAGUCUGCAUACGUUAGGGUCACGGUUCAGAAGGCUUGCGGUGGCUCAUUCCCGGGUUUCAUGGCGCCCAGUUUCCUAUUACUUGACGGUGUUGAUAUGACUCCUCUUCUGGAUCAAUUCCCAGGAGAUGUAACACAAGGACCUAUGCUUCACUUUGUUGAUCCUGCCACAACUGCAGAGAAGCUCUUCAAUGAGGAUUCAUACGACAAGAAGAGCCUGAUCAAGGAACUCGGUUUCCAUCACUACAUGGGCCUGAACAUGGAGGCGAUACCGGAUACCCCUAGUGAUCUCCAAAAGAUACUCAUGAACCACACGAACGUUGUCGAGGCCCUCAAAACACACGUUGAACGUGCCCAGAACCUCUCAUACCUUGGUCAUCCAUAUGUCAUUUCAGAGACCAACUCCAUCGGAUUCCAAGGACGCAACGGACAAUCAGAUGUAUUCGGUUCUGCCUUGUGGGUGGUCGACUUCUCCCUCUGGGCUGCGCAAAAUAACAUCGAGCGUCUCCAUUUCCACCAAGGCCUUGAUUACCGCUACGGCGCAUGGCAGCCAGUCCAAGGCAAGAAGCAGGCCCCAACCACCAGAGCACCAUAUUAUGGACACAUCAUGGUUGCCUCUACUAUUGGGUCCUCAGACGACGCCCGGGUCGCGAACAUCCCCCUGCAGAGCGAUACCGAGUCUGCAUAUGCAGUUUACAACGGCAACAAGCUGUCAAAGCUUGUUGUCCUCAACCUGAAAGCCUUUAACCACACAGAAAGCCCUCGCCCAAGCAAAACCUACACCUUCCAAGUGCCGAACGAGUUUACUGGAGCAAAGAUUGAGCGUCUCACUGCCCCAGGGAGCGAUUCGCUGGAUGGUAUUACUUUCGGAGGCGUUUCAUACGACUAUGACUUGCAACAAGGAAAGCCUGUCAUAAUCGAUCCACAGCAUGAGCAAGCCGUUUUCCAGGAUGGCGUCGUCAGUAUCACUGUGCCGGACUCCUCUGCCGUUCUCUUGACAUUGAAGUGA